ACGAACGUCGCUCCCCUCUUUCGACCUCGAACCGCUCAAAACCGGCCCUCUCCCUCCUGUGAUUCUGCCUCCUCUCCUCUCCAUACCAACAUCACAAAUCGGCCUACCGAUUCGCCGCAUUCGUUCGCUGCCAUCUACCGUUUCUUGGGAACUUUUUUUUUUGGAACAAAUCAUCUUACCCAUCGGAAUACCACCUGCUCCCAUUCAUCAAGAUGCACUUCGCUACAAUGGUCCACCAUGCCACCAAGGCCCGUACCAAGAGCGUGCAGUUUGAGAAGAGUCUGAUCAGUCUCGACGGCGCCGAAGGAGCCUCUUCUCGGGACGGGGCGUCAACUCCCCCAAUUCCCGGGAACCGGACCAGCAGCCUACCCACGAGCGAGAACAAGGAGAACUUCAAGAAUUCCAUUCGUCACUACCGGAGCAUGUUGGACAUUGAGGAUCCUCCCAAGCUACCAAUUACCAAGCCCCUGUCCUACGACGAGCUUUACCCCAAACUCGUGGACUCGACCGCUCUCACCAAGUUUCCAUUGAGGAGGCCCUUUGAUACUGCAAACGGUAUUCCUACCAAUUUUCCUCCUCCUGCUAGGGCGCCGCCCGCUCUAAACGCGGGCAAGCCUUCGUCAUCUCGAUCGGAAGACUCUGAAGAAGCCACAUCUUCUGACCAUGCAGCCGCAGCUCCUCAAGCUUCUAUCAAUGACAGCAGAAACAUUGUCCGAAGGAAGCUGACGGGCUACGUUGGCUUCGCCAAUCUGCCCAACCAAUGGCAUCGCAAGAGUGUUCGUAAGGGCUUUAACUUCAACGUGAUGGUUGUUGGUGAAUCUGGUCUUGGAAAGUCGACCCUCGUCAACACUCUCUUCAACACUUCGCUCUACCCUCCCAAGGAGCGCAAGGGCCCCAGCCUCGACAUCAUUCCGAAGACAGUCACGAUUCAGUCCAUCAGCGCCGAUAUCGAGGAGGCCGGAGUUCGUCUACGGCUCACCGUCGUUGAUACACCCGGUUUCGGCGACUUCGUGAACAACGACGAGUCUUGGAGGCCCAUUGUUGAUAACAUUGAGCAGCGCUUCGAUGCCUACCUCGAUGCCGAAAAUAAGGUCAAUCGUAUGAACAUUGUGGACAACCGCAUCCAUGCGUGCGUCUUCUUCAUUCAGCCGACAGGCCACUCAUUGAAGCCGCUUGACAUUGAAGUCAUGAAGCGGCUGCAUACCAAGGUCAACUUGAUCCCGGUUAUCGCCAAGUCGGAUACUCUAACCGACGAGGAGAUCAAUGCCUUCAAGCAGAGAAUUCUUGCCGAUAUAAAGUUCCACAAGGUGCAGAUUUUCGAAGGCCCCCGGUAUGAACUCGAUGAUGAGGAGACCAUCGCGGAGAACAACGAGAUCAUGUCCAAGGUCCCGUUCGCCGUUGUCGGUGCGACCAAUGAGAUCACGAAUGCCGACGGACGCAAGGUUCGCGGUCGUCGCUAUCCUUGGGGUGUCAUCGAGGUGGACAACGAGGAGCAUUGCGACUUCGUCAAGCUACGCCAGAUGCUCAUCCGCACCCACAUGGAGGAGCUCAAGGAGCACACCAACAACAACCUCUACGAAAACUAUCGGACAGACAAGCUGAUUGCUAUGGGCGUCUCUCAAGACCCGAGCGUUUUCAAGGAGGUUAACCCUGCUGUCAAGCAAGAGGAAGAGCGCUCUCUCCACGAGCAGAAGCUCGCCAAGAUGGAAGCCGAAAUGAAGAUGGUCUUUCAACAGAAGGUCGCUGAGAAGGAAUCCAAGCUGAAGCAGAGCGAGGAGGAGCUCUAUGCUCGUCACCGGGAGAUGAAAGAGCAGUUGGAGCGGCAGCGUUUGGAGCUCGAAGAAAAGAAGUCGAGGGUGGAGAGCGGACGGCCAAUCGACAAGGAGCCUAAGAGAAAGGGGUUCUCUCUCCGAUAAAUUUGCGGCCCACCUAGUGCGCUGCACCACCUCCACGACACGUCUCAGUAUCAUGAUGCCCACAAUACCAGCCUGCCGCCUCUUUCUUU